GCCUAUCGUUAAUUUGUCUUUUCUAUAUCUGCGGAAAAUGUAAAUUAUUUAUUUAAGCAUGAAUAAAACGAAUAAACCCAAGGAUGCGGCCGCGGCAGCAGCCUCAAUGAAGCGAAUAAGCGAAAAAAAAUUGGAGGCUUUCACGGUGGGCACAUUCUCGAAGCCGCAUUUGUCCAAGAAAGAGAUUGAGGAGCAGAAGAAAAAGGAGGAUGCGGCUGCCGCGGCACAUGCAUUCAAAGAGUUCGUGGAAACGUUCCAAGAAGCUCCCACCCCCUCGUCCAAGGUGUGGGUCAAAGCCGGCACCUACGAUGCAGGCUCCAGGCGCGAGGACAAGUCGGAGAAGGGAAAACUGUAUAAGCCUUGGUCGAAGCUAAUGGAUAAGGAACCCGACAAGAUCGAGGAAUACGCCAAGACGCUGGCUUCGGAUCUCAAAAAGGAGCCGCUGAAAAAGAAAAAUCAGGAGAAGAAGAAAAGCAACUUGGAACUGUUCAAGGAGGAGCUAAGACAGAUCCAAGAAGAACGCGAGGAGCGGCACAAGUACAAGCAUAUGGCCGUAUCCCAGGCUCCUCCAGCACAGCAACAGCAGCCACCGCAGCAGGCGGCAUCACAAAGCAGCAGUAGUGCCUCCAGCAGCUCACAGCAGGCAGCAAACAAUGCGCGCGAAGUGGGUUCGUUUGACACCGGGGAUCCGAAUACCACCAACCUCUACUUGGGCAACCUCAAUCCGAAGAUAUCUGAGCAGCAGCUUAUGGAGACUUUCGGACGCUAUGGUCCCCUGGCGAGCAUCAAGAUCAUGUGGCCUCGAUCCGAUGAGGAGAAGGCGCGUGGUCGCAACUGCGGCUUUGUAGCCUACAUGAGCCGCAGGGACGCCGAAAGGGCUCUUCGAACCCUCAACGGCCGCUACAUCAUGGGUUACGAGAUGCGUCUGGGCUGGGGUAAGACAGUGCCCAUAAUGAACACGCCCAUAUUUGCCCCACAAGCGCUAAUGGAGCUGACCCUUCCUCCGCCGCCAUCGGGUCUGCCCUUCAAUGCACAGCCGCCCGCAAGUGAGGCUGAUACGUUGCCCAAAAAGAGCUACAAGGAGUUCGACAGCGAGGAGGAUAAGGAGAAUAUGGAGAGGAUUCUUAGCAAGUCAAUUGUAAAAGUCUUCAUUCCCACGGAGAAGGCUGUGCUCAACGUUAUCCAUCGUAUGAUUGAGUUUGUUAUACGCGAAGGACCCCUGUUCGAGGCAUCGAUAAUGAUUCGCGAAAUGGAGAAUCCGCUGUUCUCGUUCCUCUUCGAUAACGAGAGUCCGGCGCACAUAUAUUACCGCUGGAAACUCUUCUCGCUGUGCCAAGGAGACACGCCCAGCGAGUGGAGGGAGAAGGAGUUUCGCAUGUUCAAGAAUGGACCCGUUUGGAAGCCACCGGUGGCCAAUUUUUAUACCCAGGGCAUGCCAGAUGAGCUGGUUGUGGAUCCCGAUGCACCGGUCGUCAGCAAAGGAGCCCUGUCCAAUGCACAACGCGAUCGUCUCGAGGAUCUCAUCAGACACCUGAUCCCAGAACGUGCUCGCAUCGGGGAUGCCAUGAUCUUCUGCAUUGAACAUGCUGAUGCUGCUGAUGAGAUAUGCGAAUGCAUUACCGAGUCAAUGACAAGCCUCAACACGCUUCCAUCGAAGAAGAUCGCGCGUCUAUACCUGAUCUCAGAUAUCCUGCACAAUUGCACAGUAAAGGUGUCCAAUGCCUCGUUCUUUCGGAAAUCCGUGGAAAAGCAAUUGAUGGAGGUGUUUGAGUGUCUGCAUGCCUAUUGCCUGAAUAUUGAGAGCCGCCUCAAGGCGGAAGGCUUCAAGUCCCGAGUCUGCAAUGUCAUACGCACCUGGGAGGAAUGGACCAUCUAUCCGAAAGAGUUUUUGGCUCAGCUCCGAUGUAAAUUCCUGGGCAAACAGUACGUUAUCCCGCCCAGUUCCCCACAAAUUGAGGAAUCACGCUCUGAGGAGGCCGUGGAUGAAGAUAUAGAUGGAGCACCACUAUCCGGAGACGAUAAGGAUGAUGAGGACCUGGACGGUGUUCCAUUAGACGGUGCUGCUCUGCUCAAGAGCGCCUUGAAGCUGGCUCUGCCAGAGUCUCUCACUCCACAGCGCGACACGCCCAACAGAGAGGAGUACCAUGAUGAAAUCGAUGGCAUACCCUUUGAUGAAGACCUCGAUGGCGUGCCACUGGAAAAGGAGGUCAAGUCGCAUGUAAAGCUGCCUGGCUUUAUACCCUCAAAGUGGGAGACAGUUGAUCCUCAGCAAGUGGAGGCCCAGGCCAUUACGACCAGCAAAUGGGACACACUAGAUCCGCCCGACCCGCCCAAGUUCUUUAGUUCGGAAGAGGACACUGACGACGACAGCUCGCAGCAGUAUAGCGAUGAGAAGCGCCAGAAGUUGAGGGACAUUGAAUUAAAGGCCAUGCAGUACCAAGAUGAGCUCGAAUCGGGUAAGCGACGUGUGGAAGUGGGCUGGACGGUCGUGGAACAAGUCGAGCACUACCGCAAGCGACUGAUGAAACAGGAUUCAAGAUCAGAGUCCGUCGUCGACUCUCCAUUGAGUUACAUGAACACCAAAUCAAAGAGCUCCAAGCAGAGCCAGAGCCCAGUACCAUACAGGAGCGUCUCUCGCAAACGGUCGCAUUCCCCUUACAGCGGGGGAGAUGGCAAGCGGCGGGACUACUCACCGGAGAACUCACGAAGCUCGAAAUCCUCCAAACGCAAUCGUUCGCGAAGUAACUCCGAUUCGCCAAAGCGCUACUCGGAGCGAUCCGCACGCAGCUCGCGGUACGACAGUCCUGCAUCUACUUCCUCUCGAUCCCGACGCUCUCCAUCGCCGUACAGAUCGUCGCGAUCUGAUCGACGGGAGGACACAUCGCCUACGAAACAUCGUAGCGAAAAACACAAGCACAAGCAUAGGCACUAGACAGACUACUGUCGAGUAGAAAGCGAGUAUCUUGUAAUUCAAUCCAAAUGGAUUCCAUGUGAAAACGCAUUCUGUCGUUGGUUUUAAAUACAUGAUAUAGUAUACAUAUA